CUUGAAAAAUUGAACGUACUUGCAUCUUCUAGAAUAUUUGUUAUUUGUUAGUAGUAGUAGCAGCUUGAUUCUCAUGAAUGUGGCUGUACACAUUAGUUAAGCAAUUAUUAUUCGAAAUUUCAAUUUCUAAAGUUUAAUGAUAAAAGAAAAACGCGAUAAAUAGAUGAAAAGAUGUUUUUAAGAGACUAAAUUUAUGUUUAUACUAAAUAAUUACAUUACAAUUUAUGUUCAAAAUGUCAAAUGAAAUAGAAACAAGUCUAUUAAUAAUUGUAUUAGACGUAAAUCCAGUGCAAAGGAUUAUAAAACAGGAAACAAGGAUAUUGACGCAAUGCUUGGAUUCGACUAUCGUUUUUGCCAAUGCACAUUUAAUGCAAUCUUCUAACAAUCAACUUGCUGUCAUAGCAUGUCACAGUGAUGGGGCAAAGUUUUUAUAUCCUUGUGAAAAACCAGUAGAAAUUAGACAAAUUGACGGGCAAUAUGAAAAAUUUACAAUGGUGGAACGUACUGUAAGACAACAACUGCAACAAGUUAUCAAUGAAAUUUCCUUGGACAAACCAUUAAAUGGAGAAAGUCUUAUAUCAGGAGCAUUGACCAUGGCAUUAUGUUAUGUUGCUAGGUUAGAAAGAGAAAAGAUUGCUGGUGAGAAAAUAUAUUCAAGAAUCCUUGUAAUCACAGCAAGUAAUGAUUCAGCAACACAAUAUAUGAAUUACAUGAACAUAUUCUUCACUGCCCAAAAAAUGGGAAUAAUAUUGGAUGUAUGCAGUUUAGACCAAGAAUUAACUUUACUCCAGCAAGGCUGUGAUAUUACUGGUGGGAAUUAUUUAAAAGUGCCCCAACUUAGUGGAUUGUUACAGUAUUUAUUGUGGAUAUUUUUACCAGAUCCAAAUGUUAGAUCAAAGUUAGUACUCCCGCCACCUGUGAAAGUAGAUUAUAGAGCAGCAUGCUUUUGUCACCAAGAAUUGAUUGAUAUUGGCUAUGUAUGCUCCAUAUGUUUAUCAAUAUUUUGUAAAUUUAGUCCAAUAUGCACAACUUGCCACACAGUGUUCAAAAUGCCAGGACCUAUUCCUAUAAAAAUGAAAAAAAAGAAAAAGACUAUAGAUAUAGUACAUUAAUUGUAUUUAGAAAUAAUGAUUCUUUAUAUAAAUACAUCUAUUUUCUUAUCACAUUACAUUUUAUUCACUAAAGAAGAAGAAAAAAAAACAUGAUGUUCAAUGUUACAAUCCUUUAUUAUAAUAUACUUUAUCUAUAUAUUCUUUCACACAUUUCUUAAACUCUUCAUACUCAGAUGGACGCAACUUCAUCAAAUUUGGAUUCAUGGAGCUUAACGAUUAAAAUGUAUUAUUGUAUAUUUUUCGAUACGAAUAAAAUAUAAAAUUGCUUACUUUCGUUCGGGAAAAA